GUGGGCUUGGGUAGAGCGCACUUUGAAAAACAGCCCCCUAGCAACCUACGGAAGAGCAAUUUCUUUCAUUUCGUUCUGGCCUUGUAUGAUCGGCACGGUCAGCCCGUAGAAAUUGAAAGAACCGCAUUCAUUGAUUUCAUCGAGAAAGAAAGAGAGAACGAAGGCCAAAAGACCAACAAUGGAAUCCACUACCGACUCCAGUUGAUGUUCAGCAAUGGUACAAGACAGGAGCAAGACCUCUUCGUUAGACUCAUAGACUCCUCCACUAAACAGGUCUGUGUU